CCGUGUCACGGACCUCCUUGUGACUUGUAUCACGCAGCAGGAGGACAUCAAGUCCCUUGACCACACCAACAAGGUGUUACAGCAGUCGGUGGACCAGAUGCUCAAGCGCAUACAGCAGCUGGAGCAGCAGGUCGCCUCCGCCAACACCAGCAUCGGCCCCUCCGAUCUCAUCGACCGCGUCAAUGUCUUGGAGAUAGACGUGGGAACACUUAAGACUGGGGCACAGCAGCUGCAACAACAGGUUUCUGCAGCAGCCGGCCCUAGCGCAAUGACACGCGAAACUAUUGCCAAGUUCGAUGGGCUCCCGAUCUUCUGUGACGCAUUGAAGACCGACCCCAUCCAAUGGUGGUGCCAGUUUGAACUCAAGCUGGACAUCCACCACGUCAUCGACGCGACCCGACAUGCAUAUUUGUACUCCCGCUCGGGAGGCGCGUGUCAGGCAUGGCUGGACAACAUGCUGUCCGCACAUGCAUGUACAGUCACCGAGUUACACAAGUACAUCACCUGGGCGGACCUCACGGCGACAUGGAAGAAGCGUUUCCAAGUAGAACCGCCCGAGCACCAGGCGAUGGACAAGCUGCGGACGUUUUCGCAGAACAGCAUGCCAAGCAGAGACUGGAUUUCUGAGUUCCAACGGCUGGCAAGCACGCCCAAGUUGCCGAUGAACUUCAACGGCAUCGAGCUUUACUUCAUCAAGCGGUCGUGCUUAGCGUUGCAGAAUGCGUUAACUCAAGUCGCCGAGAACCUCAACACAAGUGACAAACUCUUCAACAAAGUCGUGCAGAUCAUCGUGACGAAUUUGGCAGCCCGGAAUACGGGCCACUCGUCGACUGCCGGCCAGGGCGCGCAUCAGCAUCGACCGAAAGUGGCCGCGGUCGCAGCAGCAACGCCUAGCGACCCUUCAAUUCUAAACGAGGCUGUUUCGUCUGACGAGGGAGACAAACUCGCAGCUGCCCAGAAUGGUGGCCGCCCUGCCAAAGGACGAGGGCGCGGCAAGACGAAGACGAACACCACUACUUCUUCUGGGCACGGGCAAGCAGCUCAAGAGCAAGGACCUUGGACAACGUACGGGCUUACGGAGCGCGGGUACCGCGUCCGCACCAAGUACCGCUAUUGUUUGUGGUGCAACAGCUCAACACAUGAGACAGCGAGCUGUCCCACGAAGGCCAAGGGUACCGCCCAGUCGGGAAAGUAAGCGCCGCCGAGAGUGUUGCGACGGCACUCUCGACGCCUACGGAACCGGUUGCCGUGCGGG